UGAUCAAAACAGUUUCCAGCUUUGAGAGCAGAAAUGUCUGAUGAUAUUUAUAACAAUGUGACCAAGACUGGGUCUGAGAGAAUGAACAGAGAGCGAGUGGAGAUGACGGUGGAUAUCUAUGAGAGUGCAGACUGUGUUGGAGAUCAUGACUUCAGGACAGAGUCAAACACACAACAACCACUUCAAAAUACAGGAAGUGAUUCAGUGAAGACUAGAUGCUCCAGAGCAGCUCCAGUGUGUUUGGUGCUGUUGUGUUUCUUUCUGCUGAUUGCAGUUAUAGUGCUGAGUGUAUUCAUCUAUACAAACAACACAAACUACACUAAAGAGAGACGCCAGCUAAUAACUAACAUCACCAACCUCACAGGAGCCAAAGACGAGCUGACAAACCUUCUGAAGGAAAGAGAUCAACUAAUAAAGCAACUUCAGAUUUGUUGUAAAGAAGCUGUAUGGUUUUACUAUCAAUCCAGUUUUUACUACUUGUCCAAUGAGACAAAGAGCUGGACUGAGAGCAGAAGAUACUGUAGAGACAGAGGAGCAGAUCUGAUCAUCAUAAACAACAAACAGGAACAAGAUUUUAUUAUGAAUAUCACUGGUAACAAUGAAUUCUGGAUUGGUGUGACUGACAGUGAAAAAGAGGGAAUAUGGAAAUGGGUUGAUGGCAGUAAACUGACCUCCAGGUUCUGGGCUUCCUAUGGAUCAAUAACUGAGCCCAAUGGAGAGACAAAAGAGAACUGUGCUGUGACCCAUUUAAAAAAGCAUCCUGAGUUAAAGGGAUGGCUUGAUAUUACAUGUAAUAGUGCUCAUCAAUGGAUUUGUGAGAAGAAUAUUUGACCAGUUACCAUUUAAGCAACAAAAAUGUUUUGUUUCAAUGUUAAGUUUAAAAUCACAAUGUUAACCCUAAUAAAGUGCACCUGAAAAUAUUAUCUAAAGUCUUCAGGAUCAUUAAAGGAGGGGUUUGCAAACCAUAGAUGACACUGACCCCUAACAAUUAUCAACCUCAUGUGAGAAACAACAAUCCUAUGCACAAGGCUAUGUAGCACUUUAAACAUAUCUUUGGUCAGUCCUAUUUUAUAGAGGAUUGACAUUUUCUAAAAAUGAUCCCCAUUAAUCGCAGAUCUGUAUAAUACACUGCAACUCUAAUAUCACAUCUGAAGCAAAAUAACUUCUAUAAUACUGUUGUAGUGUUCAUCAUUUUGCCAGGCUUAUUGUUUUGU